AGCUUAUGUUUAGAUUUCUAUAUUUAAUUCUAUUUUUAUUUUUUUCUUAUCUUUUUCUCUUGUUUUUUGUUUUUUGUUUUUCUUUUUUUUUUAUUGUUUUUUAUUGUUUUGUUUUAUUUUAGCUUUAUUCAACAUCUAUGGAAAGAUCAUUAGCCAAUCAAACAACAUUAAUAGAUUGGAAAAUAAACAAACCUAUUGAUGAGAAAACAUUCAUUUAUUCAACUAAUAAAAUGUUAAAAUGUCCAACAUCAUCAAGUAUCACUACUGACAACACCUGUGAUAUGUUAAAUGAAUCUAACCAAUUAUCACCUCCUAUUACCCCUACGUCUUCUUUAAAUGAAAAGAGAGCUUUUCAUACAUCCUAUAUAAGACCAGUAGAAUAUCAAUUAACACCUGAAUCAUCACGUAUUGAUAUGAAUGAAACAAGUCUAAAGAGACAUUCUACUAUCAGUAGCAAUAGUGGUAUGAGUGAAGUGAUAACGAUUGUAACCAAUAGUUUACAUAGAAAUCAUACAACUGGACAUGCAAUAAGAUCUGCAAGACAACAACUUGCAGAUAAAGAACGUUUAAUUGCCUUACAACGUUCAGAAGAAUUCCAACAAUUAUUAUUAGCACGUAGAAAAGAAUUUGAAAGAUUAUCGACUCACAAGAUAGACGAUGAACAAGUAUUAAUAGGCACACGUAUCUCAGAGGGACAUCAAAAUUAUGUAUUAAUGUACAAUAUGUUGACUGGUAUCCGUAUCGCUGUGAGUCGUGUGACAGCAAAAGUAAAUCGACCCUUAACAGAUGACGAUUAUACUGCAGCACAUAAACUAGCCUUUGAUGUAAUGGGUGAUGAAUUAACACCUGGUGCUAAAUAUGAUUUUAAAUUUAAAGAUUAUGCUCCUUGGGUAUUUCGUAAUUUGAGAGAGAAAUUUGGUGUAGAUGCAGCAGAUUAUUUGAUUUCUUUAACAAGUAAAUAUAUUUUAUCCGAAUUGGGCUCUCCUGGUAAAAGUGGAAGUUUCUUUUAUUAUUCAAAAGAUUAUCGUUUUAUUAUCAAGACUAUUCAUCAUACAGAACAUAAAUUUAUGAGAAAGAUCUUAAAAGAUUAUUAUAGGCAUAUUUGUGACAAUCCAAAUACAUUACUAUGUAGAUAUUAUGGCUUACAUAGAGUAAAAUUACCUCAUGGAAAAAAGAUUCAUUUUGUCGUUAUGAGCAAUGUAUUUCCUCCAAACAAAGAUAUUCACGAGACUUAUGAUUUAAAGGGUUCUACACUAGGUAGAUUAUUACCAGAAGAAGAAAUACAUAAAAAUCCUAAUGCAGUUAUGAAAGAUCUCAACUGGGAAAAGAAACAACGUAAACUUCAAUUAGGCCCUGAAAAGAGAAAACUCUUUAUCAAACAACUUGUUCAUGAUGUCACGUUAUUAUCAAAUUUGAAUAUUAUGGAUUAUAGUCUAUUAAUUGGUAUACAUGAUAUGUUGCGAGGAAAUAAAGACAAUAUUAGAGAUACCACUUUACAAUCAUUUCAACCAAAUACGAAAGCACUUCAACGUCGAGUUAGUUUAUUGCAGCGUAGAACAAGUCAAGCACAAGUCAUUCGUAAAGCAAUUGCAGAAGCAAAUCCAAAUAAGUUAGAUGUAUCUAAACUACCAGAAGAAACAUCAGAACGUCGUAAUUGUAUAUUUUAUUCUGAAAAUGGUGGAUUUCAAGGCACAGAUGAAAAUAAUAGGCCACUUCCUGUAUUAUAUUCUUUGGGUAUCAUUGAUAUCUUAACUCCAUAUGAUAUCAAAAAGAAGUCUGAACAUAUUUAUAAAUCAUUAACUCAAGAUAAAGAUGCUAUUUCAGCUGUCAAACCAACUCAAUAUGGAAGUCGAUUUUUAGAAUUUAUGGCUAAAGCUGUCUUGGAACAUAACGAUGAUAUUCCUCAAGAAUAUAAAUUAAAGAACAGAGUAAAGCAUUUAUUGCAUUUCAAGUAAAUUGUAUACUUUCCCUGCAUCACUAUUUACCUAAACAUUUUUUUUUCUUUUUUUUUGUAUAUUGGAGCACAUACCCUUUUUUUCAUUUGUAAAGUUGUUUAUUUAUUUAUUUAUAUAUUUGUUUAGAAUAAAAAGAAUAUUUUCAGAGCC